CGGGUUCGUGGUCAAUCGAAAAUAUUAUCGUCGAGUAAUCGUUUCGCGGGAUUCGUCGUCUUCUUCCUGGUGCUCUCGAUUGCGACGUUAAUUACAACGCGUCUAAUUAUAAAACUCAACGGGUCAGUACAAUGCGCUGCGUUAACCCGACGGCCUGACCUCUGGAUAAUGCAACAGUACCGCGGCCCGCGGUACAGUUCCAACGCCGUAACGAGCGCCGAGGAAAUAUUUCGUUUCGUCGUUACCGUUCUUAUCGUUUUCCCGGCGUCGGACCAACCGACUUGCCGUUGUCUCGUUUCCCUCGGCCCUCGUCGUCCGAACGCACUGACACGCGGACGGUUUGCCAAACUGUUUAGACGUGUUAACACGAGUGUUGUUGACAUUUUGUUGAUAACGCCAGAAGAAGUGUGCAUGGUGUAAUUACUCGAUGGGAAUUAGACGACGUUCGUCGAUCUGCUGAUGAGACGUUUUUAAGUACUUAUUUUUUGAUGGGUUCUUUCGAUUUUUAACCUGUUAAAAAUACAGUUUUUACUAUCAACGGUCGUUUCGUCGAACCGUACUUGAACGCCACGAUACACAGUUACUUGAUAAAAAAAUGAGUGGUUUUAAAACAUUAAUUGAAGGAUCUCGUGCUUCUAAUAGUUUACCAACUGGAGUAAAUUUGAAUUUCUAUAAUAGUUACCCUAAAUUCAGAAAAGUUAUUUCAACACGUCAAAAUCACGUUCUCAAACUAAUAUCUGCGUUGUUGAAAAAUCAAAAGAUUCAUGGAAAUAUUCGUGGUCGAGAUACUGAUCAUCAGUUUGAACUUAUUGAAGAAGGAAAUGAUACAAUAUUGGAUCGUGUAACUUACAAUAUUGAUGUGUUGAAUGGUUCUUCUAAAAAUGUUGGUGUGUCUGUUAUACCUAAAGCUGUUGUGUCAGAGUCUAAUGAUAAAUCACAAAAUCAGAAAAAGAUUUUAGUUCAUGGACGUAAUGUAGAAAGACCACAAAUCAAAUUUAAGAUAAAAGUGGACAAUAGACCAGUUCCAUUUAAACCUCUUCUUAAUUGUAAACCAAAUAGUAAAAUACCAUUAGAUUUGUGUCUAGAAACAAAUGAAGAUGGAACCUUGUUUUAUAAGCAUCCAUACCAUUUUGAAUUGGAUGAGUUUAAAGUACCAGCAGAACAUUUAAAAGUAUCAAUAGUUAAAAAACCUACUUCAUUAGAAGAGACAAAAUUUGUAGAAGUAUAUACAGAGGAACAAUUUAAUUUAAUGGUUUCUGAAUUAAGAAUUGUUCAUGAAUUAGCUAUUGAUUUAGAGGCACACAGUUAUCGUACGUACCAAGGUUUUACUUGCUUAAUGCAAGUGUCCACUCGAAAUGCAGACUACAUCAUAGAUACAUUAGAACUUAGGGACAAAAUGCAAGUUCUCAAUGAAAUAUUCACAGAUCCUGCUGUAGUUAAAGUAUUUCAUGGAGCAGAUAGUGAUAUUCUUUGGCUACAAAGAGAUUUAGGUCUUUAUAUCGUCAACAUGUUUGAUACUCAUCAAGCUGCCAAAAUACUAAAUUUUUCUCGAAAAGGAUUAGAUUUUUUAUUAAAACAUUAUUGCAAUGUUGAUGCUAAUAAAGCAUUUCAAUUAUAUGAUUGGAGAACAAGACCAUUAUCACCUGAAGCCAUAUAUUAUGCCAGGAGUGAUACACACUAUUUGCUUUAUGUAUAUGAUAUGAUGAAAAAAGAUCUUCUGGCAAUGUCUACUAAACAAUGCAAUUAUAUUGAAUUAGUAUUUCAACGUAGCGUUGAAUUGUGCAAAUUGAGGUAUGAAGUAAAUAUAUUGCAUGAUCAAAGUCAUAUGAGUAUGUAUAAACGAAGUAAAAAGAUGUUUGACAUUCAACAAAUGUAUGCACUCAAAAGCAUUUUUGCAUGGAGAGAUAAGUUAGCAAGAGAAUUAGAUGAAAGCCCUGGGUACAUUCUUCCAAAUCAUAUGUUACUUAAAAUAUCAGAAAUGUUACCAAAAGAAUCUUCUGGUAUACUGACUUGUUGUUCACCAAUACCUCCAUUAGUCCGUCAGUGUUUACACGAAAUCCAUCAUAUUGUCAAGCAAGCAAGAGAACAAUCUUUUGAAAAUACUGAAAACUAUAGUGAAAACAAUAGCUUCAUGCAAGAUGCCAAACAUAUAGACAUUGACCUGAUUAGUCUACACGAUUAUUCUAAAUCUAAACAGAAAGUGGAAGAAUUUUUACCAACUUUGUUGGGUAAUUUAAAUAAGUUUAAUGAAAAACUUGAUUUUAUAUACUCAAAACCACAAGAAAUUACGAUUUUUCAGGAUGUUAAAAAAUCAGUAAAAUGUAUUGGUCUUACAAAUAUUGUGUACAAACAACCAUAUGAACUUUAUUUAAAAACCAUAGAAUAUAAAAAUAUUCUAAAAAAAUCAGCGGAGAAAAAAGAAGAAAAUAUUGACAGUAAGGAAUCAUUAAAUACUAGUAAACCAAUGGAAUGUCUAGACAAGCUUUAUCUAAAAAAUCAAAUUAAAGAAAUCAAAAUUGAAACUGAUAUUGAGCCAUCUAAUAUGAAACAAGAGGUUCAAAUGACUCUUAUAAAAAAAGAAAAAAUUGAUGAUCAGUUAUCAAGUGCUGCAAGUUCAUCGACACAAAAACCUGCAAAUAAUUCAAGCAAAAAUAAUAACUUUAAGCCUCAUAAUUAUGAAAACACUGAUUUUUCAAUCUACCACAAUCAAUCAAAAGAUGUUUUAUAUAUAGCCAAAAGACUGCAAAAGAAAAAUAACAAAUCAAAAAAAAGAAGCAAACCAAAACGAUUACAAAAAACUGUAUAAAAUCAGAUACAUAAUGAAAAAAAAAAUACUAUCUAUUCUAAAAUAUUAAGUACAGCAAUUAUU